CCCCUCCAUUACUCGACACAAGCACCAAAACAAACAAACGGCUUGCCCAGCUCAAUCGUCGUUUAUUUUCUUGCAGAAAUGUCGUCUUUUGUGGUUUUUCUCUCCUGUGCAUUCUUUGUGACUUCUGCAUUAGAAGAUCACACAGAGGUCAAAGUGAGAUCUGGGCAAAAUGUCACUCUCCAGUGUCAGGGUCCCAGAGGUUUAAAUAUCACCCUGUUAGAGUGGAGCAAACCUGAGUUCAACUCAGAGAGUUAUGUGUUCUUCUUCCAAAACCAUCGUUUGUAUGAAAACUACCAGCAUGAAUCCUUUAGAGGCCGAGUAGCACUGAAAGAUCGAUCGAUGAAAGAUGGAGAUGUUUCUGUGAUUCUGAGGAACGUCAACAUCAACGAUACAGGAACAUACAGCUGUGAGAUUACAACCAGGAUGAAGGGAAAAGUAGUUCAUGAGGUUGUGCACUCCAUCAACCUCAAAGUCACAGACUCAGAUGAAAACAUCAAGGGUGGAGAAGAAGAGGAUGGAAACAACAUGAAUAAGUCUCUCCCACUUAUAUUUGAAAUUAUUUUACUUCUCAUCACAGCUUUUCCUGCUUCCCAGACUGUCACAGCGCAAACAUACAGAGAAAAAUAACCAUUCAUUCAUACCUGGAGAGAAGCCACACAGAAACGUGAACAUGCAAAGAACAAUCCCAAACUGGAUUCAGACUCUGGACCUUCUCCCUGUAGACUGUGGUGACGGUGCCACCCUUGGUUGCAAUCAUAAACAGCAAUUGUUUAAUUGAUACAUGAAUGAUACAUAAAUGUGAAACAAUUUGAUAGGUUUUACUCAAUUUUAUGUUACAUUUUAAAUUACAUGAUCUCAAUAGAAUAAAUAAAUCAAGAGUAAACUUUCACUUAAUGUUUUUGUAACUGUAACAACCGUUCUGUGUCUGUGACAGCGAAAAUAAUAAAUAAAUUAAAUUCAGUCGUGGUUCCCUUCAAAGCUCUGCAUCAUUUCUGAGUUUUUUUAUUAUUAAUCACAAAUACUUCACAAAAUUUUACACCAAAUUUAAUCAAACGGCCGACUUCAGCUUCCGCCAUUUAAUUCUACUCUUUGCUUUCGCUCGCUCGCUCCUGCUGUUGUCCAAAGUCAUCACACACACACACACACACAACCAUCUCAUGUUGCUUAGCUAACUUCUCCCUGACACCACCAUACAAUCUAUCAGAUAAUACCCUCUGCAUAAGCUGUGGUCCUGUGUGCUGUUUUGCAGUAAGUGUGAAAAAGGGAGCAGCUGUGCCUCUGUUUCUGCAGUUUGUCCUGAUGGAGUUAUUAACUGUUCUGUGCACUGAAGAAUAACCUGCAGCUGGAUCUCAGUCAUAACACGUCAUGUGACUGUUUUAGGAUGAAAUGUUGGGCUUUAUAGAUUAGAGCUGCAAACAUUACACCACAGCUCAUCCACUCUUUAACCUGAAGUGACUGUAACACCUCUGCAUCACAGGUCUGAUUAGCUGCUAUAAUAUUAACUGGCAGGAGGGGGUCAGUCUAAGAGAGACAUGUGGCACUCAGAAAACCCUGAAUUCAAAUCUAUGGCAGACAGCAACAGUAAAGAUGGUUGCAGAGGCUGAAAUCCCAUGUGUGAAAAAGGGUUUUUAAAACCUUAUUUUGGAGCAAAGUCAGCAAACGUUAAAAAAUGCUUGAUGUCAGAUUUGACUGCUGAUCCUGUACAUGCAGUGUUUAUGUCCUGGUGACCAUUCAAAUAAAAGACAGAGCAGAUAAUGCUUCAUAAAUAUUUACCAGUGCAGCAUUUCAUGAUGGCUGCAGAGUGAUCGGAUCUGCUUCUAGAAGGAACCUCCUGUGUGACGCCAAACUGGAUUAGCUUUAAAUUCUUUUAUUAAAGACAAACAUAAACUUUCCAUUUCAUCCUGAGCUCUACAUUCAAACUGUUCCAGUGCAGCUGUACAACUGUAAACACACACAGAAUAUGAUUGAAUAAAUAAUAUAGAGAGGAGUGCAGGGAUGUGUUUGGCAGCCAGCUGGACCUCACUGGUUAGACUGGUUAAGCUGUGGUGAAGGUGUGUGGCUCAGCUUCAGUGGGGAGUAGAUGACGGCUGGCUCUGGUGGAAGAUCUGAACACAAACACACAGAUUACAGAAAGUUUAGA